UGUACUAGCCUUAUAGUUAUCUGGAUAUCAGAACUACCCACCCACCCCAACUUAUUUUCAUUUUCAAAUUCACUACUAAUUCAAAUGCAAAUAUGGUGAAGUUGGAUACUUCCCCUUUCCAAUUUCAUAUUAGUAUUACAUGGCAACAAUUUAAGCCUGAACUUACCAAUUGUACACAGUACCCCCCCCCCCUUUUAAAGGGAUUUUAUUCUCAAGAUAUCAUGUAUAUAAAGAUAUUUUAUCAAACACUUCUAAUUCAUAUCUAUGAUCUAAAUCUAUUCUAAAAGUUUAAGUAAAUGUGUCAGUGGAACAUUUAAUUAGCUUCAAGUUUGAUUUAUGUAAUAAGACUUAUGUAUACAAUAUUCACAGGAAAGGGGCAUGCAAGAAGAGGACCAUUAAACAGGCCAAGAAGCAAUGGUCAAAUAUGAAGCAGCGAGCAAAGAAAAUCAACAGUAGCGGAAAAUAUCCCUCGACAGGUGGAGGUCCAAAGCCCCCAUCUCCUUCCCCCAUUGAUGAGGCCAUGCUGGCAUUUCUAUCUGGAAAGCCAUCUUUAGAAGGAGUGGAAGGGGGGAUGGAGACAAGUGUAAGCUUGCACAUAGGUAAAGGAAACGGGAACUGUAGAGAAGGAAGGACCGUCAAUGAAUGUAGAGCAGUCAGGACCAUCCACUUCCAAUGCCUCAGUGUGUUGUCCCCGACCUGUAGAGAUGAACACACCCUCUGUAAAAAAAAAAAACAACGCCAUUCAAGAGAAAUUGACACCAUACAUCGCGAUGUACUUGUAACAGAGAAAAAGAAAUUAGAAUUUGAGAUGGAAUUAAUGAAAUUAAAAAUGCAGAAAGUUAGAUCAGAAAUAGAGCUUCUAGAAAUGCGAAAAAAUUCCUUUCAAUCUUCUUCUUACCUGUCUCUGUCUCAUUUUUCAGAAAUUUAAAUACAUGUAGGUAAUGUACUAGAACAGGCUUUAUUAUAUUUAUCUGGAAUCGACGAUAUGGUGGCAUCUAGUUUUGGCCUGUCUGUCUGUCUGUGUUUGGUAAAAAAAACUUCCACCUUGGUCAUACAUGUACUUAAAGAUGUUCCUUAUAUAUUUGCAUGUAAAACAUUGAUCCUAGAUUGUGACCCCACCCUAUCCCCAGGGGUCAUGAUUUAAACAAACUUGAAUCUGCACUAUGUCAGGAAACUGUAAUGUAAAUUUGAACAGGUGAGCUGAAAUGGGAGGGGUGGUAUGCACAACAUGACAGUUAAAUUCCAAUUAAAAAAACAACUUGACUGAUUAAAAGUAUUGUAUUCUAUAUGAUAUACCUGAAUUACUGAACAAAACCAUUUCCAAAUAUAUUCUUAUCCUCAAUAUUAUUAUUACAUGUAUCAUUAUAAUUAUAUUUGAUUUGAUGUAAUUCAUGAUUAGAUUUGUGUGUUAUUUUGAAUAUCCUGUCUUGUCUUGUCUUCUGUGUAUGUCACACUGCAGAUAAUUUGUGAGCAAUUCUGUGUAGACACAUUGAACCUAGGCACUGGAUGGUUCAUGGUAAUAAACGAUUACAAAGCAAUCAGACAAUGGCUUUUAGUUAUUAUUACUUGUGUAAAAGGCUCUAUAAACUGCUUGAUCAGUCCUUAUUUUAAUUAGAAUAACUACACAUGCACAGUGUAAAUAAAUAGAUGUAAACAAUACUAUAUCUUACAAAAUAGUAUUCUUUACAGUUUACCUGUGGUAAAUACUGAGCUAGUUAAGUGCAUAGAGACUACCAUUGUGGGACAUAAUCAACAGUGAACAUGGUAUUGUUUGAUAAUGAUUAAAAUUACCAUUGUAUGUCAUAUUCAACAGUGAAAAUGACGUUGUUUAACAAUGAUUAAAAUUAUUAGUGGUUUGAAUAAAAUUUAAAAUAACUUUGACUAAAUGUUA